GAUGGCCAGCACGCAACCCGACAUCAUUCUGCCGGCGUCGAUACUCGACACGGAUUUGUACAAGUUCACGAUGCAGCAAGCGAUUUUGCAGCAUUUUCCAGACGCCAGUGCCAAGUACAGGUUCACAAAUCGUGACAAGAACAAAGGCCGAUACUUCACCAAGGCCUGCUACGAGCGAUUCAAGACGUCCGUAUCCCGCUUCUCCGAGCUCACCAUAUCCGAACGACAAUUGGAACAGUUACCGAAGGCUUGCCCAUAUUUCACUCCAGACUACCUGAAUUACCUUCGCUCAUAUAGGUUCAAACCCGAACAAGUGAAGAUCACCUUUGUCCCUGUUGCAGACAGCGCCGAAUUCGGGGAUAUUGAGAUCGAAGCAGCUGGUCCGUGGGUGGAGACGAUACUAUGGGAGGUCCCGCUCAUGGCGACGUUGAGCGAAACCUGGUUCACGUACGUCGACACAGACUGGACAUAUGAUGGGCAGGCGGAACUCGCCUAUGAGAAGGGCAUCAAGCUCCUUGAGGGCGGUUGUACAUUCAGCGAAUUCGGCACACGGCGCAGGAGGUCGUUCGAGACCCAUGAUAUCGUCAUGGAGAACCUCAUACGCGCUUCAAAAGACUAUUCCGGUUCUGCAAGGCUCUCUGGCACCAGUAACGUGCAUCUAGCACUUAAAUAUGGAGUCAGCCCCAUGGGAACCAUCGCGCACGAAUGGUUUAUGGGUGUCGCAGCUCUGAAAGGCUACGAGAAUUGCAACGGCCUGGCUCUCGACCUUUGGGAACAAGUAUACAACGACUCUCUGAAGAUUGCCCUCACGGAUACCUUCUCAACCGAGGCGUUCUACAAGGAUUUCGUGAAAGAUCCCGCACGAGCCCGGCGAUGGAAAGCUCUCCGUCAAGACUCGGGUGAUCCCUACGUCUACGCACCGCGAGCGAAGGAGAUCUACGAGAGUCUCGGGAUAGACUAUAAAGAGAAGAUGAUCAUAUUCUCCGACUCUAUAAAUAUGGAGAAGGCUCUGGGCUUGAAAAAGCAGUGCAACGAACUCGGAUUCCCUUGCUCCUUCGGAAUCGGCACCUGGCUCACGAACGACUUCAAGAAAGCGUCCAGCGGUGGGAAGGAGCAAAGCCUGGCGCUGAACAUGGUCAUCAAAUUAUCUGAGGUGGAUGGGAAGCCAUGCGUCAAGAUUAGCGACGAAAUCAUGAAGAAUACCGGAGAUCCAAAUGAAGUGAAGCAGGCCAAGCUAACCUUUGGGCUGCCAGUCUGAAGUCUCGCCUCUUCGUCCAUCAUUAUCGGGAUAAGUUACGAUGCGCACGAGAGAAGAAUAUAUAGUUCCGAAUAGCGGAUACUUAAUCACUCGUCCACUCCUAGAGGUUUACAUAGCUAUGCUUCGUGCAACCGGGACACGGUAAAUUACAGAUUUAGGUCCGGAGUGGAUUACACCCGGGUAUCGACAUAGACAGAAUGAUAGAUCAAAGCGAAAGAGAGCGAGAGAGC